AAAUAUAUCCAAUAUAAAAUGUUUUGCUACGGUUUGCGAGUAAUGAAUAAACCACCUAAAUUAGGCGGUGGGCUGGUUCCUGGCAGACACAGCUAGAUGACUAUCACCGAGCAUAAAGGGGAAAUUAUGCUCAGAGCAUGUCUCUGUUCUGUUUUAAUGAUGUUAGUGUAUUAAGACAUUCUCCGGAGCACCAUAUCAGGAAGGAUGCGAGACAGACUGGAAGACCUACAGGGGGUGACCCCAACUCCUUCGGACACGGACGAGGGAGGACAGGGCGCCGACGAUGAAGACAAGGAAGUGCUGGAGCAGCAGUCGAUGGUGUUUGAAGCUGAGGAUAAGAUGGACGUCAUCUUCAGAGAAGCCCAGUCCAUAAGGAAAGAGAUUGCACUGCUCCGGAUGGAUGUGAAGCGCUUGGGCAAGCAGAACACUCGAUUCCUUACCUCUGUUCGACGGUUCAGCUCCAUCAAACGAGACACCAAUGCCAUAGCCAGGGGCAUCAAGACCCAGGGGGAGGGCAUCUACGCACGGCUGGAGAAGAUUGGGUCGCAGCACAAACUGCUGGAAGAAGAGCACGGGGCCCAUUCUGCUGUGGUCCGCAUGGUGCGAGCUCAGUAUGUUUCUCUCACCGGGUUAUUUCACGAAGCCAUGUCUGAGUACAACCAGGCGGAGAUGAGCCAGAGGGAGAACUGCAAGACCCGGAUCCAGCGUCAAGCAGAAAUAAUGGGAAAGGAGGUGACUGGCGAGCAGAUCGAGGAGAUGGUUGAGACUGGGAAGUGGAACGUGUUCUCUGACAACCUUCUAACGGACGGCCGGACGGCACGCUCUGCACUCACAGAGAUCGAGAACCGGCACAAGGAGCUGCUUGAGCUGGAGAGUCGAAUCAAGGACAUCCAUGAGCUGUUCUUCCAGAUGGCUUUGCUGGUGGAAGAACAGGGCGCAAUGGUGGACAACAUAGAGGCCAACGUGGUCGCCACAACAGACUUUGUGUGCAAGGCCCAGGCUCAGAUCAAGAGGGCGGUGAAAUACAAGAAAAACAACCCAUGUAGGAAGCUUUUCUGUUGCUGUUUCCCUUGCUGUAACAAGUGAGACAGGUAGAGAUGGGUAUCAGUGUUAAUAUUGUAUCUCAAGAUGCUAGGGUAUAUUUUCCUAUCAAAUGGGUUUUCAAAGUCAAAAAUGUACAUAAAAAAGUACAAAUAAUCAAUUUGCACUUUUUUGUUUGUUCCAGUGUGUGUGUUGGUUUCAAAUUAUUUAUGCUGUUUGAAUGAGAAUGUAUCCAAUAUAAAACAUUUUGCUACGGUUUGCGAGUAAUGAAUAAACUACUUCAAUUAGG